UUUGUCGUCGAAUGCAUUUACCGGCUCAGAAGUGAUUAUUACAACAAUAACCGUCUAAAAUAACUGAAUGAACCGUCGGUUACCGCUAAAGCUCAAGGAGCUUUCAGAAUGUUUCCGUACUCGAUCGCUCGAGCCGUUUUCAACAACCGAGCAGACACUUCAACUAACCGAUCGCCUCAAACACCUGAAUGCGUUCAUCCGAACGUCUCCGGAGAAAGCCUUGGUCCAGGCGGAAAAAUCCUCCUCCCGCUACAAAGCGGGUAAACCUCUAGGCGUGCUGGACGGUGCCCCGAUUGCCGUGAAGGAUAACUUCUGCAUCAAAGGCAUACCCACGACCUGUGCCGCUCGGAUGCUGGAAAGUUUCGUCCCGAUGUAUAAUGCAACUGUCUAUGAGCGACUGGAACGGGCCGGGGCCGUGCUGGUGGGAAAGACCAACUUGGAUCAAUACGGGAUGGGUUCGGGAACGGUGGAUUCGAUUUUUGGACCCACGAAGAACUGCUGGAGUGCAGAUGUGGAUGGUGAUGAGUAUCGGAUUGCUGGGGGAAGUAGUGGGGGGUCCGCGGUCGCUGUGGCCUCGGGGAUUUGUUUUGCGGCACUAGGAUCGGACACCGGAGGUUCGACUCGUAAUCCUGCUUCGUAUUGUGGAGUCGUAGGACUUAAACCUACCUAUGGACUGCUGUCAAGACAUGGCUUAAUUCCGUUGGUUAAUUCGAUGGACGUUCCCGGAAUUCUCACCAGAACCGUAGACGAUUGUCUGGCCGUGUUCAAUACGAUUGCUGGACCAGAUGACCGGGAUUCCACCACUAUCAAAAGUUUCUUCAAACCCAUCUCCAUCCCAGACGCUGCCAGCAUAUGCCUGAAGGGACUUAAAGUUGGAAUUCCUAUUGAGUACCACUGCGAAGGCCUGUCGGAUGAAGUGCUAAGCACCUGGACCAAAGUCGCUGACUUGUUGGAAGAUGCAGGUGCGACCGUCAAAGCCAUUUCCCUUCCUUACACAUCCGCGUCAAUCUUCGUGUACUCGAUUCUGAAUCAGUGCGAGGUUGCCAGCAAUAUGGCUCGUUACGACGGAAUCGAAUUUGGUCAUCGCUCUGACGAGGAUGCCAGCACGGAACAGCUCUAUGCCAAGUCACGAGCGGAAGGAUUCAAUGGAGUCGUUAAGAACCGAAUUUUGGCAGGAAAUUUCUUUCUGUUGAGACGAAACUAUGAUAAAUACUUCGAAAAAGCUCUGAAAGUUCGACGGCAAAUUGCCAACGAUUUUGACCAAGCCUUUCAAGAGGUGGACAUCCUUCUAACGCCAACAACUUUGAGCGACGCUCCUCGGUAUUCGGAAUUUGUCCAAAGCAAUAAUCGAGAUCAGUGUGCCGUUCAGGACUUCUGCACCCAACCGGCCAAUAUGGGAGGCAUUCCGGCCCUCUCGCUACCGAUAAGGCUUUCGGAACAAAAACUACCCAUCAGCUUGCAGUUAAUGGCACCUAACUUUUCCGAAAAGCGAAUCUUCAAGGUCGCCAAAUGGAUCGAAGAUCAAGUUAAGUUUGACAGAAACUACCUAGACAAUUAAACGCAAAAAUAGUUACGUAAACAGCCCUUUACUUACA